CCCCAAGCCAUGCAGAAAUCUCAGGGUAAGAACAACCUCAGCCGGGCCACGGGAGAGGCUGUGGGGACAGGACGAGGCCUGGGGAGAGCUCCCCCAAGCCCUGCCAUCCCUCCUAAGAGAGCCAAAGUCACCGCCGAGCAGACAGGCCCUGCAGCCCCCAUCUUCCUGCAGGAGCUGAAGGACAUGACCACCAGCAUCAGCCACGACAUCCUACUGAGGGUGGCAGUCACUGGCAGUCCCCAGCCACACCUGAGCUGGUACAAGGACAAGAUGCCUUUUGCCCCUACCCAAGAGAAGGACGAGGAGUAUGGCAGCCUCCGGAUCUGCGACAGCAAAGUGGCUGAUGCCGGGGUCUACAGCUGCGUGGCCAAGAACGAGCAUGGAGAAGCGACCAGCAGUGCCACCGUGACCAUCACAGGCAUGGAAGACUCGGAGACGGGAGAAGAUGACGCCAGCAGCACACAGGUGACCCAACGCAGCCAGCUCCAGGAUGAGACAACCUACAGCUCCCCUACAGGGGAGUCGGACACGCUGGUGGAUGCCUCCAUGAAGACGACUCCGACCUCGGUGCCAGGCCUGUCCCAGACAGAUGAGCACUCCAGUUGGUCAGGGAGCCAAACCACAGUGUUGGAGAAGGAUCCAGAGGCUGGCCCCACCGUGAGGGGACCCUACCUGCACCCCAGCAUUCCAAGGCAAGCACCUGCCGAGGCCCGGCACCUGGGGGUGGAGCCGCUGGUGCGGGCAUCACGGGCGGAGCUGAUUGGCGUGGCCCCGGGGUCCGAGGACAGCCUGUCUCUGGGGAGCGACCCCUACGGCAGUGCCUUCAGCCUGUACCGGGGCCGUGCCCUCUCCCUGCACGUCAGCCUCCCCCAUGGUGGGUAUCGGAGGGAUGAGGCCAACAGCAGCAGCAAAACCAGCACAGAUACCCUCCACCCACCUGCACAGAAACCUCCUCUCCAGCGCCCAGUGUCCCCCCGAGCAGGGCAGUGCCCAGCCCAGCCCCCGGGGGCCAACCGUGGCCCCACACCACCUGUGGCUCCCCGCAGAAAGUUGCUGAUGCCCCCUGACUCCCAGGACACAGCGUCGGAGGAAUUUGACGAGAAGCUUAAGCGCCCCAAGUCAUCGGGCUACUCUCAGGCUGGCACGGGGGAGUCACGGCCCCAGACACCGCUGAGCGAGGCCUCCAGCCGCGUGUCUGUCCUCCGCCCCUCACCCAAGCUGCCCCGGUCAGGCUCCAAGAUCUUCGACAAGCUCAAGUUCUUUGAGGAACGGCGGAAGAGUCUGGAGCAGAAUGAGAACCCUUUUGUGGGCCACACGUGGCUGCCCCUACGCAAGACACGCUCCUUUGAUCAGCCCGGCUUCGACGACGCCAGCCCCUUCAUCUCGGCUGCCUCUCAUGAGGACCUACAAGAGGACACCCGCUCCGAGCUGGGAGGGGUGGCCUUUCGGCGCCAGGCCUUCCACCAGAAGGCAGCCUCUUUGGAUGAGCGCGGCCGUUUCUCUAGUCGCGUGCAUGACCUGGAGCACAAAUUCACCGAGGAACUGGGGCGCAUUAAGCGCACUGUGUCCCAGCAGCAGCUGCGGCGAUCCCAAGAACUGUUCAGCUCACCGUCUCCACGUGCCUCUGCCGAGCCGCCCGCCCCCAGAGUUCCCCCGCCAAGGAAGCUCAAGCCCCUCAAGGCCUUGCCACUGACGGAGAAUGCGCACGGUGUGCAACAGCUAGUGCUGUCCAGCGUGGGACUGGUGGGGCCCAGAGAUGAGCCCAAGGGGACGCAAAAGCUUCUUUCCAGGAGCGGAGCCGCAGCUGAUCAGAAGGAAGAACUGAGCCGAGGUCCGAAAGACACGGAGUUGAACGGACAGGAUCUGCGGCGGAAGGUGGAGCAGUGCCCGCUGUCCCAUGCUGCCCCGCCCGGACGGAGGGAGCUGUUGCGGACUGUACCCCUGGAGAGCAAUGACUGUGUGGACGGAGGCUCUGCGAACCCAGCGAAAGCGAACCAUGAGCCAAAGGGUCCAAGUGAAGCCUCGCAUGCCCGGAAACGGGAGUCUGGCCAGGAUGGACAUUCCCUGCCCUGGACCAAGGCAGAAGCGGGCACAGAGAGGAGCAGGGCAGCAGGAGCCCAGGGUGCAAGCAGAGAGUUGGAGAGAAAGUCUGGGAAAGUGUCAGAGAAAAAGGACAAUGCAUUGCAGCCACAGGAAGGGAAGAGCGCACGGAGCAGGGGCAAAGGCCGCCGGACCCGACGAACGUCACCCGAACCAGAAUCCUCUGAUGAUUCCUACAUCUCUGCGGGCGAGGACCCCCUGGAGGCCCCCAUCUUUGAGAUCCCUAUCCAGGAUGUAACCAUCAUAGCUGGAACUGAGGUGCUGUUCAAAUGUAUCAUCACAGGCAACCCUUCCCCAGAAGUGUCAUGGCGAAAGGACGGCAUCCCCUUUCGGAGCAGCACCACUCGCCCUAUCAAAGCAGAGGGCGAACGCCACACCCUGCUGGUCAGGAGUGCCCGCGUGGCUGAUGCCGGCCUCUACACGGUUUGCGCCACCAACGAGGUGGGCGAGGCCUGCUGCAGCGCCAUCUUGACUGUGCGGCCAGCUCCUCCAGAAAGCCACAGCCGCUUGGUGGCCCGCCAUGAGCUCAGCAGCCCGGUCACAUCAGAUGAAGAGUACCUGAGCCCCCUGGAGGAGUUCCCUGAUUCCGGCACUCCUCGGCACCACCCUGUCAUGAGAGUGCAACCCCGGUCUGAGCUUGGCCCAGCCCCUGCCCACGUGGGCACUAACUUCAAGGCUGCACCAUCCUUUGAGGUGGCACUGAGUGACCAGGCAGUACUGGAGGGACAGGAUGUGGCCCUGCGUAUUCGGGUACAGGGAGAGCCCAAACCUAUUGUACACUGGCUGAAGAAUAGGCACCCUGUAAAGUAUGGAAGGCGCAUUUCUGCUGUGGAGGACGAGGAUGGAUCUUUCUGCCUACAUCUCCGCAUGGUGGAGUGCACAGAUGCUGGCUAUUAUGCCUGCAAGGCCAUCAAUGAGUAUGGCACCAAGCAGUGUGAAGCCAAGCUUGAUAUACAAGUGCACCCUGAGACCCAGUCCCUGGCAGUGCUGGCCCCCCUGCAGGACGUGGUGGUGGGGGCUGGGGAUGCAGCUAUCUUCGAGUGCCUGGUGUCUGGCCCACCUGAUGUGGACGUGGACUGGCUUUGGCGGGGGCGCCUCCUCCAGCCGGCCCUGCUCCAGUGCAAGAUGCAUUUCGACGGGCGCAAGUGCAAGCUGCUGCUGACCUCUGUGCAUGAGGAUGAUAGUGGCGUCUACACGUGCAAGCUAAGCACAGCCAAAGAUGAGCUGACGUGCAGUGCCAAGCUGACGGUAUGGCCUUCGCGCCAGCCACUCUUCACCCGCAAACUGGAGCCCGUGGCUGUGGUGGAGGGGCGGACAGCACGGUUUGACUGCAAGAUCAGUGGGGAACCCCCACCGACCAUCACCUGGACACGCUUUGGCGAGCCUGUGCAAGAGGGGGAAACCAUGCGUUUUCAGCAGGACGGGGGGCUGCACUCGCUGGUCCUGCUGCACGUGAGCUCUGAGGACGAGGGUCAGUACGGGGUGAGUGCCAGCAACAAGCACGGCCGAGCCGAGUGCACCGCAGACCUGUAUGUGGAGGAGCCCCGUCCGGCAGCUAGCUCCCAGAUCUCCAAGCUAGAGAAGAUGCCAUCUAUCCCCGAGGAGCCAGAACAAGGGGAGACCGAAGUGGAAUGCUCCACCAUGCCUGACUUCUUGCGGCCGCUGCAUGACCUAGACGUGGUGGAAUCCAAGGAGGCUGUACUAGAGUGCCAAGUGGCCGGGUUGCCCUACCCCGCUAUUACCUGGUUCCACAACGGCCGGCGAAUCGAGAGCACUGAUGACCGCAGGAUGAUGCAAUUCAAGGAUGUGCACCGCUUGGUCUUCGUCUCUGUCAGCCAUGCCCACGCAGGGGUCUAUAAAAGCGUCAUUGCCAACAAAGUGGGAAAAGCCACCUGCUAUGCACACCUCUAUGUCACAGACGUGGUGCCCACCCCCCCUGAUGGGCCACCCACCAUAGCCGCUGUUACUGGCCGAGCUGUCACACUGAAAUGGAACAAGCCCAAGUGGCUGGAUUCAGCCAUUGACCCUGCUACUGUGACCUAUACCAUCCAGCAGCAGAUGGUGGGUACCAGCCAUUGGACUGUUUUUGCCACGGGGGUGCGUCACACCUACUACACCGUUCUGGCGCUAAAGAAGGGGAUCUGGUACAUGUUCCGCGUGCUCACAGCCACAGCCAAGGCCAAUAGCAAGCCCUCUCCACCCACUGAACCUGUGCAGCUUCUUGAUCGUGGUCCCUACCUGACAGAGGCCCCUUUGAUCCUGGACAAACCAGAUAUGGUGUAUGCGGUGGAGGGGCAGCCGGCCUGCAUCACUGUCACCCUCAAUCACGUAGCGGUCGCCGUCACCUGGAGGAGGGCUGGUGUAGUGCUGAAAGACAGUGACCCUGGCUGGGAGAUGAGCAUGCCUGACGAUGACCAGCACUCCUUGCGAUUCUUCCGGGUGGGCAGGGGGGAUGUGGGGGAAAUCACCUGCGAGGUGAGCAACCAGCAUGGAUAUGACCACUGCUUCAUCAGCCUGGAGCUGGCAGAGGCACCCCGCUUUGAAUCCAUCAUGGAAGACAUUGAAGUUGGGAUAGGUGAGACACCACAAUUUGCUGUGGUGGUUGAGGGCAAACCCCUUCCAGACAUCAUGUGGUACAAGGAUGAGGUGCUCCUGACUGAAAGCAACCACCUGAGCUUUGUGUACGAGGAGAGCGAAUGCUCACUUGUUGUGCUGAAUACCACAGAGCAGGACGGAGGGGUCUACACAUGCACGGCGCGCAACCUGGCCGGAGAGGUAUCUUGCAAGGCUGAGCUUGUGGUUCGUGCAGCUGUGCCAGAUGCUGAUGCUGCACGGGCAGAAGAAGAAUCACACACGGCCCGCCGCCUGGCUGAAUAUUAUGAUGUCCACGAGGAGAUUGGCAGGGGAGCCUUCUCGUACGUGCGGCGAGUGACCCAGAAGAGCUCUGGUCUGGCCUUUGCUGCCAAGUUCAUCCCGUGCCGCGCCAAAGCCAAGAAAUCAGCACGCCGCGAGCUUGGCAUCCUGGCUCAGCUGGACCACGAACGCGUUGUCUACUUCCAUGAUGCCUUUGAGAAGAGGAACGCCCUCAUCAUUGUCAUGGAGCUUUGCACUGGAGAGGAACUGCUGGAGCGUAUAGCAAGGAAAUCCUCUGUGAGCGAAUCUGAAAUACGCUCCUACAUGCGGCAGGUCCUGGAGGGAGUCAGCUACCUUCACCACCAUGGCAUCUUGCAUCUUGACAUUAAGCCUGAAAACUUGUUGCUGGCUGAACCAGGCAGUGAUCAGGUGAGGAUCUGCGACUUUGGCAAUGCCCAGGAGCUGACUCCGGAUGAUCCACAGUACUGCAAAUAUGGCACCCCUGAAUUCGUAGGCCCUGAGAUCGUCAACCAGAGCCCUGUCUCCAGUGUCACUGAUGUUUGGCCAGUGGGAGUCAUCAUGUAUCUAUGUCUCACAGGGAUCUCCCCAUUCGUGGGAGAGAAUGACAAGACAACUCUCAUGAACAUCCGCAACUACAACGUGGCGUUUGAGGAGAGCAUGUUCACGGGACUGACGAGGGAGGCUAAAGGCUUUGUGAUCAAAGUGCUGGUUAAUGACCGCCUGAGGCCCAAUGCAGAGCAGACUCUGGAGCAUCCCUGGUUUAAGACACUGGCCAAGGGCAAGAGUAUCAGCACAGAUCAUCUCAAGCUCUUCAUCUCUCGCAGGAAGUGGCAGCGCUCCCAGAUUAGAUAUAAGUGCAACAUGGUGCCACGGCCUAUUCCUGAGCUUCUGGAGGACACGUCCAGCCACUUGUCUAUUGCUGUGCCACGCCUCCUCAAGGAGUCAUCGGUGUUCUCCUCGUCUUCCGAUUCUGAUGACCCAGAAGAGUUGCCCUACAUACCCAUGCCCCAUCAGCCUGAAUUUUCUGGUUCCCGCAUGUCCCUCACUGAGAUCCCGACAGAUGCUGAGCCUCUGGGCCCAGAUGGGGCUCCAGCAGAUGAGGAGGGUGCAUCCAUGGAGUGGCAGGAUGAGGGACCCGGAGCCGCAGGAGAUCCCAAGAGAAAGGAAGAGGCGGAGCCCUCUGUCAGGAGGCAGAAGGGUAUGUUGGCACGGAAACGCUCCACAGAGGCUGAGAAGCCCGGCUCUUCUGACGAGGAGGCCUCUGGGGCCCAGAAAAGGCCAGAGAAAAAGAAAGUCCUGAAGAAAGGCUCCAGCCUGGACUCCCCAGAAUCAUCCGAGAAGGCCCUACGCAAGGGGGAGCUGCGUCGUGGCAGUUCUGCAGAUAGUGCCCUCUUGCUCAACCUCCCCACAGAUGACACCGAGCCCCAGUCCCGUAAAAGCCUGACCAAGGCAGCUUCCAUGGAGUUGCCCCGCCGCAGCCCUAGCCCCGGCACCUUGUACCGCAAGAAGGGUGGCCUGCCUGAGGAAGAAUACGCCCAGCGUCUGGAGCUCAUGCGCCAGCGCCUGCUGCGUGGCAGCCCUGUGGAUGGCAAAUUGAGUGGCUUGAGGGGGCCCCUGCUGGAGACACUUGGCCUUGAGAAGAAGGUGUUGAGGCCUCCCAGGCUGGAGAAGCAGCUGUCCCCUGGGCAUAAGAUGGUGCGCGCUGCCUCCAGUGAGACGGCUCCCCAGCACCUGCCCCCCGAGGGGCGCCUCCUCCAAAAGAGCAGCUCCUUCAGCCAGGGAGAUGGGGAGCCUGUCACGCUGCACCGCCGCUCUGGAGCGCCGCUGGAAAUCCCCUUGGCACAGGCUGAGGCCCAGAGACUCAAAGAGACACCCUCCCUCUCAGCUCUGAAUGAGUCCAGGCCCCACACACCACACGAGCCCCCCUCCAAGCCCCCCACCCUUGGACUGGAAGCAGGGACAAAGCCCAUCGCCAGGCCUAGUGUGAGGAGACCAACCACCAGGGGAUCUGAGGGAAAGCUGCUGGCCAAAUUGGCCAAACCUGACGCUCCGGCGGCUGUAAAAGCCGUAGGCUCCCCAAGGGAGUCAACAUCACCCCUGCCCAUUUCACCCACCCCUAGCAGCUCAGCAGCCAAGCGUUCUGCCUAUGCUGAUGUCAUGCUGUCCUUGACUGGCGAGGCAGCCCAUGUCCCUCACAGGGAAGCAACGGAACCUUCUGUGGCUGCCUCAGAAGGCGGACCUCAGAUUUCACCAGCAGGCAUGGAACCCCACACGGCUGUCUUUGCCAAGAUGGCAGCACAGACACCUGGCAAAGAAGCCUCCACUCCGGCUCGCUCCUCCAGCGCUGAGCACAUCCUGGACAUUGACUCCGAAGAGGUGUUUGAGGCCAAGUUCAAGAGAGGCAGGGAAGGCUCCCUCGGUAGGGGCCGCAAGCUACUCUCCAGGUCUGAGGACCGGCGGCUGGCUGGGCCCCUGGUGCGGGAGGAAGGCAUAUAUCGGCCCAGCCCGGCCGGUGCUCCGCUAGAGCUGUCCAAGUCCGCGGUCUCCCGGCGCCUGGGCGAGCGCUCUCAUUCCGUGCAGGACCUGCACGAGGUGGAGAAGGAAGGGGGUUUCAUCCGCAGGAUGUCGAUGCGACUCCGCCGCACGCCCCCCACCGAGAGGAGGAAGGUCAAGGAGGACGAAGCAGGGGGACCGGCCCAGGGACGGCGGCUUUCGUGGGGCCUGGCUUCCAAGGACAAGAAGGACUCGGACAGCCAGCAGCCGGAGCCCGGCUCCGGCGAGUCGCCUGUCAUGGCAGUGCGCAGGAAAAUCGGCACUACCAUGGGGCGCCUCUCCACGCACUUGCGCAGCCACUCUCAGCAGCCUGCUGAAGAAGACCGCGCAGACACUGCUGGGGACCGCAUCAGGCAGCCUGAGAAGAAGGCCCCUUUCCUCUCUCAGCUGCGCCGGGCAACGUCUGAGGGCGAAAACCUGCGUCAGGUGGGCAUCCCACAGAACCAGCUGGCAGCCCAAUCUGCAAACGUCCCCUCCACGGAGUCCUUCCAGUCUGACUCAUCCACCGGCAAUGUUUCUGGUGAUGGCCCCCGGCGCAGUUCUCGCUGGGACCGCUGGAGCUUGUCCCGAGCCAAGAAAGACAAGGUUGCAUCACAGCCCAACAUUCCUGCCAGCCUGAGAGGGGAGGGCGUCGUCAUUGUGAGUCAGCCCUAUGUGCUCAGCGAGUCAGAUUUCCCUCCAGUUUUCCACAUAAAAUUGAAGGACCAGGUAUUGCUGGAGGGAGAGGCAGUGCAACUUUGCUGCCUUCCUGCAGCCAGCCCUGCCCCGCGUAUACUCUGGAUGAAAGAUAAGCAUCCCCUGGUAUCCGAGGGAGUUCUCAACAUUGUGGCAUGUAAGGAUGGCCGCCAGCUGCUCACCAUCUCCAAAGUCUCCAAGAAGGACGCUGGCUUGUACGAAUGCAAUGCUACUAAUGCCCUGGGCACUGCCACCAGUUCCUGCACCCUUGCUGUGGCACGGCUUCCUGGAAGGCCGGGCACCCCAGAGAUCCCGCAGAAGUACAGGAACACAGUUCUGGUGCUGUGGAGGCCAGCGGAUAGCCAGGCACCCUGCACAUACAUGCUGGAGCGCAAGAUGGAUGGAGAACAUGACUGGAAGAUGGUUAGCUCAGGCAUCGCCGACUGCUACUUCAAUGCCACAGACCUUCCAGUUGGGAGCAGCGUCAAGUUCCGCGUCGCCUGUGCCAACAAGGCUGGACAAGGCCCAUACAGCAACCCUUCUGGGAAGGUGUUCAUUGAGGGUGCAGAACUCAAGGCUGCCCACCCAGCUCUCGCUGCCAAGAAGAGCACGGCUGCCCAAGAAAAAGCGGCUGCCAGCCGAUCCACCCAGACCUCUUCUGACCAGUCUCCCCGGCCAACGCUGAGAAACACGGGGGCCCUGCCCUCCACCCCACCCAGGAAGCAUAAGGGGCCAGUGCCAGUGCGAGGAGAGGCUCAUGCUGUCCCACCGGUGAUGCAGGCCAACGAGGAGAAGUCUGUGGCUGCAGAGAAAGUCAAGCUUCCAAUCACGGCUCUGCUUCCAUCCUCCAAGGACGCCCCCUCCGCUGAGGGUCCGGCCGUCGCAGCGCCGACCUCUCCAGAGCCCACCUCCAAGCCUUCCAGGACUGCUCCUCCCCUCAGCAUCCGCAGCGUCUCCAUCGCCACCAAGGCCUCGCCUGCCCCAGCAUCCUCCCCUACCUCUCCCGUCGCCAAGUUCUCGCCUAUCUCUCCUGCGCUACUGACCCCCGCAGCAGACUCACCGGCGACCGUCUCCCCUAAAGCUGUCCCAUACGUCGUCACCUCUUUCAUCUCCAUCCCACCAAGGACACCCUCCACCUCGGAAGGUGCGCCCAGCCCCCCAGUCACCCCUGGCACAGAAGAGGCGCCUUCCCACACGCGCUUCCUGAGCCGGAGCACUACCCCUAGCAGGGACACAGGCAGCGGUGGUGCCCAGGGCAGGCUGACGGCAUCUGCAAAGGAUGACUCCUCUUUGCGCCAAGGGGUCCCUCAAAAGCCCUACACCUUCUUGGAUGAGAAAGCAAGGGGCCGGUUUGGAGUGAUCCGGGAGUGUAAGGAGAAUGCCACAGGCAAGCGCUUUAUGGCCAAGAUUGUGCCAUAUGAGGCGGAAGGCAAGCAGAGCAUCCUGCAAGAAUACGAGAUCCUUAAGGGCCUGCACCACGAGCACAUCAUGGCAUUGCACGAGGCCUACAUCACCCCUCGUUAUCUGGUGCUGAUAGCUGAGCACUGCACUGGGAAGGAGAUCCUCUAUCACUUUGUUGACAGGUUCCGUUACUCAGAGGACGAUGUGGUGGGGUAUGUAACACAGAUCCUUCAAGGACUGGAAUAUCUGCAUGGGCGGCGCAUCAUCCACCUUGACUUGAAGCCUGAUAAUGUCAUUGUGUCCUCCACAAAUGUAAUAAAAAUCAUCGACUUUGGCAGUGCCCAGAGCUACAAUCCACUGGUGUUGCGCCAGUUGGGGCGCCGUGUUGGCACGCUGGAGUACAUGGCUCCAGAAAUGGUGAAGGGGGAUCCCGUUGGCUCAGCAGCUGACAUCUGGGGCCUGGGAGUGCUCAUAUACAUCAUGCUCAGCGGCCGGUCGCCAUUCUUUGAAAUGGAUUCCUUGGAAGCAGAGGCCAGGAUCCUGGCAGGGCGUUACGAUGCCUUCAAGCUGUACCCUAAUGUCUCCCAGAGUGCUGCACUUUUCAUCCGCAAGGUCCUCAGUGCCCAUCCAUGGAGCCGCCCCACUCUCAAGGACUGCUUUGCCAACCCUUGGCUCCAGGACGCCUACCUGAUGAAGCUGCGGCGCCAGACCCUCACCUUCACCACGAGUCGCCUGAAAGAGUUCUUGGUGGAGCACCAGCGUCGGCGCAACGAGGCGGCCACCCAGCACAAGGUCUUACUGCGCUCCUACCAUGGCGCCAGCAGCCACAUGCCCUAGCCGCUUGCCCUGCCGGAGGAGCCACAAAACAUUCCAGCAGGGGGCGCGAUGGGCCAAGCACCCGUCCACCCAGCCAGGGUGGGACUGGUUGAUAUACCUCAUGGAUCAGGAGGCGCCGUCAGCACUGGCCGCUGUUCCUCACUCCACCCACCGGUCCUGGCAGUAGGCUGGCUGAGAGGGAGCGAAACUGUGCUUGAGGACAAGAUGUGGCCGAUCGACAAGACCGGUGACCGUGGGGCUGGGGCUGGGGAUCCGGGAAGGGUGGCCUGC